AUGAGGGCCAGACAUCUACAGCAGCUCUUGGAUGAGUUGAGAGAGAGAGAGCGGUUGUCCAAAUUGCACAACAGAGAACUGUUGCAGCAGUUUGACGAAGCCCAGAACACGCUGAGGGAGGUGCUGGACCACACUGCUGUCAUGAAGAUGUUAUGGAGAGAAUAUAAGAACUGUACUGGGAGCUGCCCCCGCUGUCAUCACUUACUCAAUCAAAAAAUACACACAGCAGAAGAAAAUAAGAAUCCAGUUACACAUUCACAAGGAAAACCUGAAACGCAUCAAGACUUAUCCAACCCCCUUGAACUGGCAUAUUCUUCAAAAAGCUAUAGUUUGCACAGCAGUUCUCCAAAUCAGACCAAGCAACCAUCAAGUGGAGAAGACAACAGUAAUUCAGGAGACCUCGAUGUGAAACCAGUUGAACCGUUUAUGGUUACAGUCCGACUCUCAAGUGAUCUAACAGGAAGCGAGGCAAGCAGUCGAGUCUCAAUGCAGGGAAGCACACCCAAGAGAAAAGGCAACCGCAUAAGUACAGACGAGGAUUCUUCUACUUCUCACAAGUUUUCACCAAAGGACGUCACCACAGAAUCAUCAGAGUGUGAUGCUGUGGAGGACAGACCUGUGAAAGACCUUAAAACCAAGAGCGGCGCAGAGGACACUGAUUCAGAGGACUGCAUUGUGUCUCCAAAGAUCAGGUCUAGUAUUAUACACGUCAUCCCUGAGCACGUGGGCCAGACUGAGGAAAGCCAACAGACAUCCACAGAUGAAGACUCCAAGAGUUCAUCUGAGGAAGAAGAUAUAGAAGACGUUCUUGAACCUCGAGAGAAAACGGAAAAGCAAAGAGAACCAAACACUGAUGAGAAAUCAAAAGGACCUUGUGAGACUCUGAUAAAGCAGAGUGUGAAGAAUGGAGAAAUCAAUCACCACAGUGACUCAAAUGAAUCAGAUGAUUUCUAUGACUAG